AUGGUGUCCUGCAAGGCCAUGGCUGCCCUGCUGGUGGUGCACGCAGCCACCAUGCUGGCCUCCCAGACAGAAGCCUUUAUGCCCAUCUUCACCUACAGUGACCUCCAGAGGAUGCAGGAAAAGGAACGGAACAAAGGACAAAAGAAAUCCCUGAGCGUGUGGCAGAGGUCUGAGGAGGAAGGUCCCCGAGACCCCGAGGAGACCUCAGAGGAGGAAGAAAACAAAAUGAUCAAGCUGACUGCUCCUGUGGAAAUUGGAAUAAGGAUGAACUCCAAGCAGCUGGAAAAGUACCGGGCCGCCCUGGAAGGGCUGCUGAGUGAGGCGCUGCCCGUGCCCUGCUCCCCCGACCUGCAGCAGGUUUUAAAAGGCAUUCUGCGGACUCUACAGAGCAGCAAUCCUGUACUUUUUCCCAGCAGCCAAAUGACGCUCCUAGGAGAAAGGUGGACCCUCCCAGGAAGCCCUACACACCUGGAUGAGCCGAAAAUCCUGCCCCACCCACAGCUGGCCUCUGAAGCCAAGGGCCCUCUCCAAAGCAGAUCCCUCGCCGGCAAAUAA